UUACUUCAGUUCGAAAGUAGACACACGAGAGUUCGGACGUGUCUUACGUCGUGACGCACCGUCUUCGCGAAACGGUAGCGAUUCAAAAUAACCUGUCUAAUCUUGUUAACUUUGAUAUUAGGAAGUGUGAUUGUGUUUUAAUCGAAAAUUUUAUUUGAAAUUGUUCUGGAUUUGUGUUUGAUCAUUUGGAAAUAAACUCCAUAAGGACUUGGAUUUUUUUAAAAGACUAGAAGAUGUUCGCGCAGUGAAGCAUGGACCCUCUGACGUGGCUAUCCCUGGGACUGCAGCUAGCUGCUCUAUGCUGCAUCGUGGGUGCACUUCUGCUGUACCUACUGCGCAAAGUUCGCGUCGCUGAGGUGCUGCCAACAGAUGGCGCAAAAACGGUGCUCGUCACCUCCGUCGAUACUGCGCUAGGCUUGCAGAUAGCAACAUAUCUAAGCGAUCGAGGGUGGCGUGUAAUAGCUGGCUGCCGCAGCGGUGGGUUGGGCGCGCGUUUGGCUGAGUCCUGGCUGCAGGCGCACGUUGCUGCCACUCCUGAGGAUCAGCAGCCACCCCGCCUCGCCACCCUCGAGCUGGACGUAGCCCGCGAAGACCUGCUUGAAGAGGCGGCGAGGGCCAUCGCGCAGCAUCUACCAGCUGGAGAACAUGGAGUGUGGGCAGUGAUUAACACGGCGGGUUGCGGCGGGCGCGGCGCGGCGCGCUGGGAGGCGGCGCUACGCGGCAACGUUCUGGGCGCGCUUCGCGUCGCGCGCUCCUUCGCGCCCUUACUCGCCGCCGCCGCCGCCGACCAUCCUCACGCGGGACGACUCUUCUACAUCGGUCUAACAUCGGAUACGGCGUGUGAGAGUUUAUCGGGGGCGGGGCAGGCUGGGCAGCUGGCGCAGUCGCUAGGCGUGCUGGAGGCAUGCGAGGCGGGCGCGGUGUGCGCGGCGGCGCGCUGGGGCACGUGGGGCGCGGCGCGCGCACUGCGAGCUACGCUGCGGCCGCGCGGCGUGCGGGUCGUACUGCUGCAUGCGCCGGACCUCUCAGCACUUGAAGUGUACGCGCCGCCCGCGCAGCUCAGUGCGCCCAGCCAGCCGGCAAGUCGACCAGUCAGUCCGGGUUCUGACAUAAGUGGUGGCAGUUGCGCGGUGACGAUGCCGGGCGAGGCGGCGGAGUACAGCGCGCGCGUGCUGCCGGCCGCCGCGCUGCGUGUGCUAGAGGACGCACUCACGGCGCCGCAGCCCAAGGACUCCUACUACUUGAAACUCAAACACGACUCCUGGUUCACAAGAAUGCCCUCUUUGAGGGUCGGACACUGAACUGAUUUGUAGGGCGUAGCUUUGAUAACGAAUUAACUUCUAGGAAGUUGUUAAAAUUGGUUCAUGAUUGAAAACAUGGGUCGUAUUGAAAUGUUUUGUAAUUGAACAAAGGUAAUACUGUAAGUGAACUUGGUCUGAAUUAUUACAAUAAAGCAAAGGCGAGUUUAAAUACAAGUUAAUGCCAGAAAAGGCGGACAUUUUGACGACUAUCAAAUAGGGUUAUUAUUCAAAAACUAUUGAAAAUAUUUAAAGAAAUCGUAGAAAAAUAAACUCAGAGCUGCGCCCACUUUACUCUCAUUUAACGACGGACAAUUUCUCCUUGUAAACGUAUAUAAACAUAAUUGAAUAUGUCGAAUACACAUACCAUCACAUAAUAUACACUAAAUUAUAUAAUCCAAACACUAUUUUUAUCGGACAAUUAGUUUAAAUAUGAAAUAACCAUAACUAGCGUUAAAAAUUAAAUGAACUAGGUUCACUUAUCCAAAGAAAUAUUAUUUUACUUUGCUAAUAUUUAAAUCCAGGCGUUGCAUAAAACCAGAUUUUUUAGCAAACCUGAAUUCAUAUACUCAUUUUAUUAUUGUUUUCUAUAAUCUAUGUUCAUAAUGCUUUUUUUAUUCUGUUUCUUUUUCGACCCACUGGUUCCUUGUUAGUCGAGGGCACAGGGCAGUGGAGGUAUUGUGCCAAAACACAAAAGGUACUAACAAAUUACUAAUUUAAACAUUAAAAAGUAUUUAUAUAAUGGAAAUUGCUUUAAUGAGAUUUUAACUUUGAUAGUACCUUUCUUUACGAUCAUUCUUAAGGAUGAUGAUGGACAAAUGCCAUUUAACAACGAGAACAUUUUUGUUGUUUGCUUUUUAUAAAGAUAGCAAAUAGAGGCACUCUGUGCUAAUGUUUUAAAUGGGUUGAUAUUGGUGACUAUGGGCGAGGUAUCUUGUACUCGAUUUUAUAUAGAAACCCUAAGGAACCAUGACUAAGAUAGACUUAGUAGAAAUCGGGAGGUUGGCAGAUUGUGGGGUUAUUUAAAGAUGUCACAAUAAAUAUGUAAAUAACUUUUGUGUUGUAUAUUAAAAAAUAAAAUAUACUUUUUAAAA